AUGGUUAGGACUAGAGGAUUAGGUCAUGCCUUAGGUCACGCUACUGGCAGAGGUGUGGGGCGAGGAGAUCGUGAUGAUUCCGAUGAUGCUCCGCAGCGUCGACGGCUUACCGCAUCCACACGGAGGCAGCGAGUACCUGUGACUGUGGCACACGAUGAGCCAGUGGUCCCUGCGCCAGAUGUUGAGGCUGACGUAUUUCCGGAUGACCCGAUGACACUAGUUGAUGUUGAGGAAACCAGGGCAGACAUUCCUGAGCAUCCUGAGUUGAAGUUAUCCUCUCACGGGAGGAAGAUUCAUAGUUUAGGCAGGCUUGUACCUGCCAUUGAGGGACUAGUUGUUGGGACAGGACUAAGUCCUCUAAUCGCGUGUUCGGUAGACACUGGCGAUCGGGGACUUUUGUCCUCGUUUGUCGAGCGGUGGCACCGAGAGACAUCUAGUUUCCAUCUCCCUGUGGGAGAGCUCACGAUCAUGCUGGACGACGUCUCCUUGCUUCUGCAUCUGCCCGUGGUUGGCGACUUGCACGCCUUUCAGCCCUUGCACGUGGAUGAUGUAGUUCAGAUGCUGGUGGACUUAUUGAUGGUCUCUGCAGAGGCUGCCAGGGUUGAGACAAGGCAAUGUCGUGGACCGUACGUACGCCUGCAAUGGUGCUGGAUAUACGAGCACUUUCCCUCAGUCGUAGAGUCCACUACUGAUCAGGACUACGACGAGGAUUCCCCGCAUGCCUGUAGGUGGAUUGCGACGAAGAAGACCGUGAAGAGCAUACGUACACUGACGUACAGGGAGCGCCUGGACCAACUCCGGAUUCUGGAUGUCUGUUGGAUCCCGUGGAUGCACUACUCGGAUCAUAUGGUUCCAGCAGGUGAGGUGUGCGUUGUGUCAGGUCAGUGUGUCAGCGACUACAUGGACUGGUUCUUCCACAUCUCGCAUCCUUUCAUGACACCAGACCACGCAUCAGAUCCUCUGUCAGAUGGUCAUGCCCCGCAGCCCCAAGUCGUCCCUCAGGCCCCACGGAUAGAUAUCCCUCACGUGCCGGAGCCAGGAGCACCGUCGACAUCUGCGAGGCCCGUUGUGGAGGAGCCUAGACAUGUAGUGGAAGUUUGUCUUUGGAUUACUGAGAGGUUGGAGCGCCAUCUGAGCCUAGGAGUGGUCACGCCAGGCUCAUCGACACAUGAAGUGAUCGAAGAAUGCCUCAGGAUGGCCAGGAGUGUCACACAGGACCAGCUAGUAUAUGUUAGGUCUUGA